CGAAAACCAUCAGCGGUUUUGGCUGCUUCCGCUGCCUGGUUGGCCCCUUCUCGGAAAUAAAAUCUAUUGGCCCUCCCUCUCUCCGUCUAUUUUUCUUUUCUUUUUUUUUUCUCGGUGUGCUUCGCUAUAUAACUUUCCAGCCUGGAAACCCGGAUUUCCAGAACAAACCCACCGGCUUCGUUGCGGCCUUCCUGUUUAUUUCUCCCCCCCUUCCCGUCUCCUCCAUUACCAUUCCUCUUUUUUCUUCCGUGUUUACGUUGAUGUUAAGAGCAGCUAACAUCGCUUGUUUACGUUGACUCGCUUUCGUUCUUCGUCGCCUCGCUUGGAGCUCUUCUUUGACUUGUUAACGGAUCGCCGUUCCUGGGAUCGAUCUCAGCUGAGAUAAAAAAAAAAAGAAAGAAUUGAUUGGAAGAAGAUGGCGGAAGAAGGGAGAUGCCAGGAGGGGCACCGCCUUUGCGCGAACAACUGUGGCUUCUUCGGGAGCCCGGCGACGCUCAACCUCUGCUCCAAAUGCUACCGCGACUCCCGUCUCAAGGAGGAGCAUGCCGCCUCCGCCAAGAUCGCUGUCGAGAAAUCCCUCGCCUCCUCCUCUUCCGGUUCCCCCUCUGCUGUCGCUGUUGCGGUGCCCUGUCCAGCCGGGGAGGCGACGAGCCCUGUGGCCCUGACCUCGCUAGAGGCGGCGGCGCCGUCGCAGACGGCACCGGUGGCCUCCCAGACGGGCAGGUGUACGGCUUGCCGGAAGAGGGUGGGGCUGACGGGGUUCAAGUGCCGGUGCGGGGCGACGUACUGCGGGACCCACCGGUACCCGGAGCAGCAUGGCUGCACCUUCGACUUCAAGGUGGCGGGCCGCGAGGCCAUCGCCCGCGCCAACCCCGUCGUCAAGGCCCGCAAACUCGACAACAAGAUCUAGAUCUCACACAGGUUCUCCCCUCGCGUUCGCUCGUCCGUUCAUCAUUCCAUUCGGUGGUCUCCUUAUCGUUUCGUUGACGGACGUGAUCUAUCCUUCCCUGAUGGGAUGCCGGCAUAUCCGCGCGUGUGCUGCUGGCUCUAGUGGUUGGGCUUUUAUUUUUUUAUAAAAAAAUAGAUGAUGGAUAUAAAGCCGAAAUGUAAACAAUAAUAUCGGCCUCAGUGCUUGGCUUUUGUUUUACUUUUCGCUGUUUUUUUUUUCUUGGUA